AUAGCCGUGCCACUUCUGGCUCAGGACAGACGCAUGACGUUGCAGGUUCACCGCUAUAUUAACCCCUGCACUAGAGCUUGCUUCCACGUCUUGUAUAUGUCUCAAUAUCCCUGCAUCAGCCCCUCGCAAUUGAUGUUCAUUCAUUCUUAACCACUGGUAUCAUCUCUAUAUAUGAUAUUACAUUGCCUUCAUUCCGAAGUGGGCAACCAAUUCUGUCUCGUAUAUCCAAAGUACCCCUGCAAUUAUCAAACUGGUGAAGCAGCUGGAACGUCUCGCACCGUAGUGGAGAAAAGUUUAGUAUUCAACACAAGCCACUAGUGCUACAAGGAGUACAAUAAUUUGAUCGCCAAACAUGGCUGCUUUUGUGAGUGACGGGAAUUCGACCAUCAAUGCUGGACUACUCGCAGCCAUCCUCAAGGAUUCCAAGCAGUUACCCGAAAUGUUCAUCGAAUCAGAUCAAAAUCACCGACCAAGUCUUGAAUCUGCCUCCCUGGAAGACCCAGACCUCGACAUUCCUGUCCUGGAUCUCUCCUUCUUAGCCGCAGGCAACAGUACGCAGAGGGCUGAGGUUGUAGCAGCAGCAGCCAAAGCCUGCCAGACCUGGGGUUUCUUUCAGAUUCAGAACCAUGGAAUCGAUCAGAAGCUAAUAGUUCAAUGUGAAGAGGAAGCUCACCGCAUGUUUCAGCUCCCCCUCGAUGUCAAGGAGCGCUGUCACCGCGCGCCUGGCGCUACUUUCGGAUACGGCGCCAACACAUGGAUCAACCAGAAAGUGAUGCAUUGGGCUGAGAGCUUCCAUAUGCAGCUCAACCCUACGUCCAACAUUCGCGAGAUGGCUUCCAAACUUUUCCCUGAAGGAUCCUCCAGUCAGCAAUUCAGCUCGGUCGUUGAGGAAUACAUGAUUGCUGUGGAGAACCUUGCGAGUCAGGUGUUGGAGAUUCUAACAGAGGGGCUGGGAUUGGAGCCCAGCUGCUUCAGCCAGUAUUUGCGACGUGAGAGGAUGACGUCCAUGCGUUUCAACUUCUACCCACCUUGCCCUGAGCCAUCUCUUGCAAUUGGGCUGCGGGCUCAUACAGAUCCUCAUCUUUUGACCAUCCUGCAUCAGGACUCCGUCCCUGGACUCCAAGUUCAAAUGGGAGACAAGUGGAUCACGGUGAAACCGCGCCCAGAUUGCUUUGUGGUAAAUAUCGGUGACCUUUUCCAGAUCCUGAGCAACACGCGAUACAAGAGUGUGCUGCACCGAGCUAUCGUGAACAGUGAGUCGCGGCGGUUAUCAUUGGCGUGCUUUCUUAACCCGCCUUUAAACUCCACUGUAGUGGCACCUCCCGAACUUAUUACUCCUGAAUGCCCCCAAGUCUACAGGCCCUUCACAUGGCUGGAGUAUCUCAAGAACGCUUACUUGUACCAUCCGACAGCUGGAAAUGAGCGACAUGAGCGGUUCUUUCUCAAAACUAUGGUUGACGUUCACACAGUGGCUCCGUCUUCCGUGCACUGAGAAAAUAGUGUGCAUUUCUAUGUUCCAUGAAAAGCUCAAAUGCAAGCAAACCAAUAUUAUUAAUUAAAUGAGAUCACAGUUCUAUUUUAGUAGAUUUAAGGUGCACACCCGAUGAUAUCAAGGUAGUCGAUGAUAAAGCUUAUGUAGGAGAAAUACAGCUCAUGUGACCGGAAGGAGGGUAAUUUAACUUAAACAAUGAUACAUAAACUAUAAGUAAGGACACCAUUUACAGAAAUAUGAGCCAGGCAGGUGAUAGAAGGUGAUCAAAAGUGCAGCAGGUAUGUGUACAAAGAGGUCCACAGGAGAUAUACUCGUGUCAUAGACCAUGUGCUGUCGAGUUUAUCUGAAAACUGGAAUGUACUGGUUAGCAUGGAAUUUACUAUUAAACUUGGUGUGUGCACGCAUCUGAUUAUCCUA